GUGAAAGGCAGAACGUAUUCUGUAGAUUAAGUUGCUUUUAGACAGAGGGAUUUCCUGGUGGCUGAACUGUUGCCAACAAUUUUUGCUACAAACAUAUUUGUCUUAGUUUUUCCUUCAUCUUGCCUCUGAGAACUGAUGGAGGGAUGUAGCAGUGAGAUGGCAGCCUUCUCCCAGAAUAUGCUGACAGUCAGUGUGUUACUGAGUGUCUUCUUACUGUCAGGAGUUCAAGCUGGAUGUAAAGAUAAGAACCCAAACCUCAACAUUACUGCACCAAAGAAGAUAGAAGCUCUGAGUGGAUCCUGUUUGUUAAUCCCAUGUAGCUUUAGAGAAAUACCAGAGAAAUCAGAAGAAACGUUUGACAACAAGAGAGAAAUAUUUGGAGUUUGGAUUAAAAAUGAUUCAGCAUUUGGAAAGAAUCUGAAAAAUGUGAUUUACAACAGCAGUCUGUCUCAAAACAAAUAUGCAGUGAAGAUUUCUGGAAACCUGAGAGAGAAGAACUGCACCAGUGUGUUUUCUAAUGUAAACUCAAAUCAAACAGACAAAUACUUCUUCAGGAUUGAGAACAGGCCGUUAAGAGCAACAGCCAGCUGUGAUCCUGUUAAUAUAACAGUUAGAGAUUCCGCUUGGAGCCCCAGUAUUGAAAUCUCAGGUGAAAUGAAGGAGAAGAACUCUGUCACCGUAACGUGCUCAGCUCUCACUCCCUGUCCACAAUCACCUCCUGAACUCACCUGGAACCUCCAACCAAACCCUCACAGACAGAUGGAGAGGAACACAGAUGGAACGUUUACAACUACAAUCCAGCAGGACAUCAGUCUGUCAGAGAUCCACGAUGGAUACAACAUCUUCUGCUCUGCCAGAUAUCCUGUGGAUGGAGGAGAAAACAAGACAGCAAAUACAGAAGUGACUCUCAGUGUUUUCUAUGAUCCCAAAGAAACCUCAGCAGCUAGAUGGGUGGAGCUGAACUGCUCCAGCAGAGUCAAUCCUCCCAUCAGCUGCUGGGUUGAAAACAGCACAUAUAAAGCCAGGAUAGUAACUAAAGGAGACGUCAGAUUAAUAGUCUAUGGGGGAGAAGUCGAUUGCUGUGAGGACUGUUCUAUGUUCUCUAAAGAUAAAAACAAGAAACUGCUGAUUCCCCUCAUUACAGUGACCAUUGUGGCUGUGCUCGUCUUCCUGGUUCUAUGGUUUUUGAAGUCCAGACAAACUGCUGUACAACACAAUCAGACCGAAGCACCUGAGGAGCCUGGUGUUCUUGCAUCUUUAGAUGGUGUUCUUCAACCACCAUCUAAUGAAACGCGGGAAGAACUUCACUAUGAGGAUGUGAACUUCAGAAAAAAACCUACCUGUGCGUCAGAGAGUACCAGUAGAGACCAGCAGGAGACGCUGUACGCUCAGGUCAAAGUGUCUGAGCCAAAGAAAGGACCAACUCAGACUGCUGACAGCUCAGAUCCUCUCUACUCUACGGUACAGAAACCUGGUUGAAACUCUGUUCUUAUUACUCACAGUCAGUGCACAACAAUACUGUGCUUGUAUUUUUUGGGGGGGUUUUCUGAUUCUUUAUUUUUUUUAUUUAGUUUGGAUGUUUUGGUAUUAAUGUUGUGUGAGAGUGAUCUGUAUACUUUGCAGAUGUUUGUAGUUUAAUUUAUCUUCUGAUCUUUGUUGUAUUUUAUUUUCAUUAUUUACUGCAGCAAUUAUCUCAAUAUAUGCACGCUUAACAUUUGCUCUUAUUAUAUUAUUAUAUUACUAUGACUUGAUAUCUCCAACCACACUCAGUAUAUUAUAUUAUUACUUCAAUAUUUGCAGUGUCUAGAUAUAGUUUUUAAAUUUGUUUUAGAGAGUAUCAUUUCAAUUAUUGUGCACAAUGGUCAAUUUAUACAGGAAUCUAUAGACAAAAUAUUAUCUGUCCUCCGAGGAGCAUGCUGGGAGUUCUGUGUGGAACAAGGGAACAUGGUUUUAAUGAAGUGAAGAAGGAAAUGAAAUGACAAUACGGUCAAAAAAGGAACUAAGAAAUGUAAAAAAUAAAAUAAGUCCUGCAAUUGAGGAUCCUUCAGAAACCCUUAAAGUCCAAUACAGGCAGCAAACUUUUAGACUAAACCUCCAGGUUCCUCCCUUGUAGUGUAAGGCUACAGGAAUCCUUACACUGGCUUCCUGUAGCCCAGAGAAUAAACUUUAAAACACUGUUAGUUUAUAAAUCACUGAAUGGUUUAGCACCACAAUACAUUAAAUAUCUGCCACUGUUGCAUCAACCUUUCAGAACCUCUCAGGUCUUCUGGUUGUGGCUCUGCAUCUCCAGAACCAGAAUCAAACAUGGAGAAACAACAUUCAGCUUCUAUUCCAGACUUGGAACAAACUUCUAGAAAACUGCAAACACUGAAAACUGCUAACACUUAGUUCCUUUCAAUUUAACCAUCUGGUUAGCAUUGCAUUUGAAACAUUAUCAAUGGAAAUUUAAUCAUCAAUCUGACAUGUAACCAUGGCACUUGACAAAAUGUAGUGUUUCAAUUGUUGACCAUGUCGUCUAUGACUUUGUAUUUCUGUGUUUUUAUGUUGCUAAGUAUUUUUGAUCAGCCUUGUUGCUGAAAUGUGCUACAGAAAUAAACCUGAUUGAUUGAUU